AUGUCUCCCCCGUCCAAGCGUCCUACGGGACUGCUCCGCCGCCUUCCCGGGCUGCGUACGAGUGUGACGUCUGCAGCUGUCGCUGGCAUGGGAAAGGGAAUUGGAGGUAGACGCGCCGCAGCAAUAUCGGGAACCGGAGCACACACCCUCCUCCGUUGCCUCGAUUUUGCUACCGGUACCCCCUUUAGGCCACAUCUCCCUCAUCUGCGCCGCGUCCGCGUUUAUCAAACUUCCAGCCCGGCCGCCUCUCCCUGCGAUCCCUACUUAACCCCCAACGCCGCCCGUCUCCGCCUGGGCCUGUCUACCACUACUUUCCCCAUCCGAUCAAAAUCUGCCAUCAUGUCCUCUACAACUACAACAACCACCACAGCCACCAACACCACCUCCAACAUGCAGCAGACCCGACGCUCCCACGGCGGCCACUCCCACGGCCAUGGCCAUCACCACCACCAUCAUCAUGACAAUGUCUACCUGACCUCCAGCAACAAGAACGACGCUGGUGUCCGCAUCACUCGCAUCGGUCUCUACUCUAACCUGGGCAUGGCUAUCGCCAAGGGUGCCGGUGGCUACGCCUUCGGCUCCCAGGCAAUGGUUGCUGAUGCCUGGCACAGUCUGACUGAUCUGGCCUCUGAUAUUCUGACCCUGGCUACUGUCUCUUGGAGUCUGAAGCCUCCGACCGACACCUUCCCCACAGGUUUCGGCAAGAUUGAGAGCCUGGGAUCCUUGGGAGUCUCUAGCAUGCUUCUUGGCGGCGGCCUGUUCAUGUGUUGGAGCAGCUUGCUGACCCUACACGCCCACCUGUUCCUGGAUGCCGCAGCUGCAGCUGAGGCCAUCGCUCACGCCCAUCACCAUGGCCACAGCCACAGCCAUGAUCACUCUGGUCCGAGUCUGCACGCUGCCUGGUUGGCUCUUGGCACUGUCGCCGUGAAGGAAUGGUUAUACCAAGCCAGUCAAUGA